AUGACUACUUCGUGGCACACACGCUGUGGAAUAGCAGUGUUCUGCUUGUUCUUUGGAGCGUGGACUUCUGCUGCCACUCUUGAUGACUGGCGCACAAGAGUGGUUUACCAAGUUUUGACGGACCGAUUCUCACGGACGAAGGGAUCGAAGCAUGGCAAAUGUAACGUGGUGGAUGGUCAGUACUGUGGAGGUUCAUGGCGAGGCAUCAGUGAGAGACUCGACUACAUCGAAGGGAUGGGAUUCGAUGCGAUCUGGAUCUCGCCUAUCGUGGCGCAGCUGACAGCAUCGACUGGGAAUGGCGAGUCGUACACUGGCUACUGGGGACAGGACUUAUAUGCGCUCAAUCCAUCUUUUGGCACCGAGGAUGAUCUAAAAGAGUUGGUCGAAAAUGUUCACGCUCGGGGAAUGUACAUCAUGCUCGACGUUGUGGUAAAUCACAUGGCAUACGCAGGUCCCGGUCAGGACGUUGACUACAGCAUGUUCCACCCUUUCAACGAUCGCAAGUACUUCCAUGACGUCUGCCGUGUUGACGGAAGUGACAAUCAGACGAACGUCGAAAGAUGUUGGUUGGGCGAUGACAUCGUGGCUCUUGCCGACCUUCGCACCGAGGACGAACUGGUUCGUGAUAUGCUAGGUGAAUGGAUCUCAUCCGUUGUCAGCAACUACUCCAUCGAUGGGCUUCGACUAGAUACCACCGUCAACGUUGAGCCCGAAUUCUUCGAAGGUUUCGUCAAGUCUGCAGGAGUAUUCGCCACGGGGGAAACCAUGGAUGGGGACAACACGUUGAUAUGCCGCUGGGCUGAGACCAUCGGUUCCGUUCUGAACUAUGCUAUCUACUACCCGCUUACCAGGACCUUCUCAAGUACUACUGGCAGUAUCAACGAUCUAGUGUCAACGAUCUAUACGACGAGACAUAACUGUCUUGAUCCGACAGCAUACGGAUUAUUUAGCGAGAAUCACGAUGUGAAGAGGUUCCGGGAGAUGACAGACGAUAGGUCGCAAGCGAAGAACAUCAUCACAUAUACGAUCAUGGGCGAUGGGAUCCCGAUCAUAUACCAGGGCCAGGAGCAGCAUAUGACCGGAGGCACCGUCGAGAACAUCAACAGAGCCCCGCUGUGGGAGGCUGGAUACGACACGAACGCGGAAUUCUACAAGCAUAUUGCGACUCUAACGAAAGCUCGUCAUCAUUUCGUGCGGCACAGCGGGAACUACACGACAUAUAUCUCCGAUGUAAUUUUCCAGGACUACCACACGUUCGCUAUGAGAAAAGGUUACGCAGGUGGCCAGGCCAUCAUUGUACUCAACAACAAUGGUGUUCACACGACCGACUUCGAGGUCUACAUCACGAACCAUGAUUACGAGCCUGAUACCAGGCUGACCGAGAUACUGACCUGUACCGAUCUGAAGGUGAACAGCACGGGCUAUAUUGCUGUGCCUAUGGGUCAGGGUCUUCCAAAGGUGAUUUACCCGAAGAAGCAACUAAAGGACUCAGGACUCUGCGGACAUGCCAGCGCCUCUUCGACUGCGACUACGGUGCCUACCGCUCAUCCGACUACGAUUGAUGGACAUCCGACACUCGUCGCGACUGCUACCGAUGCAGAGCCGUCUGGAACCUCUGCCGGUAAGCCCAGCCCUACACGACUUGCUCUGGGGACCGCCAGUGAACUGCGAACAGAUUUGUCGUUUCCUAUCACGGCUGCAGUGGUGUCCAUCUUGAUCACGUCGGGUUUCGUACUUCUGGUCUGGUAG